GGAAAUGGUAUCUAUGGGCUUUAAAUCAAAUUAACAUCUUCUAUAAAUCCAAUUUAUGCACUCUAUUAUAUUAUGAUUUAUAAUCCUAUACAUAUUCAUCUUACAUAGCAACUUAUUCAAAAUAGAUUAGAGUUGUUAUGACUUUAACAACUUUAUUAGCUGGAUAUAAAAUUCAUAGUUUAAAUUUUCAACCUAAUAAGGAUAUAAUAUCAUAUGUGACAAUUUUAUUGUUACUAUGCUGUCAUGCAAAUACUGAUAACCCUAUAAAUACAACUAAUAAUGAACAUCAAGAAAAGACUUUAUUGAAUUUAACAUUAUUAUUAAAUGAUAGUGAUCAAUUAAAUAAUAAAAAGUUUAAUGAUUGUUCAAUUUCUUUAACAGAAUUUAUUAUUUAUUUUUAUAUUCAACCUAUAAUUUGUUUUAUUGGAUUUAUAUUGAAUAUAUUGAAUGUGAUUAUAUUUUGUAGACCACAAUUUUCAGGAGCUGCUUAUGCUUAUAUGAUUGCAAUGUCAUUAGCUGAUGCAAUUACAUUAAUUAGUUAUAUGCCAUCUGGUUUGGUUAGGUAG